AUGGCCUUCUUUUCCGCCGUGUCGAGCUCCAUCGGCAAGAAGCUGCUGCUGUAUGGGCUCCGGCACAUCGACAUUCUCGACAAAGACCCGGCCGACUUUGUGAGCGUCGAUGUGGGCAAGAGAACCACGCUCGAGUUCAGGCAUGUGGGGCUGCACGUCAAGAAACUCGUGGCCCUGCUCCACCUCAAGCUACCGCCCGAGAUCCACCUUUCGUCAGCAAAAGCCUCGCUUCUGCGCGUCACCUUCGUCCUCGACUUUGGCGUUCCGCAGAUAUCGAUAGAGGCAGACGGGAUACAAGUGCAUGCUAGGCUGGUCGAGGGCGCCGAACACGUCGCAUCCGCUGGAGCGAACAAGCAUGCUGCACAACGACCGCCGUCGUCUUCUCCUAUACAUGAUGCAGCCCCGGGCUCGGAAGAGCACGUGCCCACUGUGGAUGACCUUGCGCAGUCCUUCAUCCGAGAAGAACCCGCCGAGGAGAUACGUGAGCUUGCGCAGGAGCUCGAAUUACAACCGAGUUACAUGCAAGAGUCUUUAGCUGCAAGCGACGAUGGCGAAGAGGAGGGUCCAGCGGGAGUAGGUGCGCCACUUGGCCUACCUGCAUACCUGCGUAACAUACUCAACACUGCACUCGAUCGACUCAGUAUAGUGGUCAGCAACAUCCAUGUUGAAAUGGAGGAUCAUACAUCAGCCGAGCCAGCGAGUCCUGCAAAGCCCAGCGACUCGUCACCAGUCUCCCUCGACUUCCACAUAGCGCGCAUAGGUAUCGACUCUGUAACCCCAGAAGGACCGCACAUCAACAUUAGUCCAGCUGCACAACCUCGCCAUGCUGCAUCGACGGUAGGAAAGCGAAGACUACGGAUUGAGAAUAUAUGCGCAAGGAUUGUGUCUGAUACUGAGAACUUUAUCUCGCAGAAUUCGCGGCCAUUGUCACCAGAGACCACGCGUUCUGACGUCUCCACCGAGCAAUCAUACCACGAACGGCCUCCGAGCGCGGUACACUUUCCUUCUCAGCCUGAAAUACCACUGCCUCGUAAAGAACCCGCUCAACCUGUUGAUGUCGUAGAACCCUAUUCCGUAAUAGAGAAAUCGACCGAGCAGCUGCGGAGCGGAACCGCCACGGCACUAGCGGCAUCGUUACAAGAAGCGACUCCAUUGACACAGUCGUACCAGCAGGAAGCUCCCUUGCUAUCUUCCGUCCACGAAGAAUUCCCUCUAACAGCAUCCGUGGCCACUGUUGAUGACGAUAGAUUCGCUGAUGCUUCAUCUGACGAUGAUUUGGAGGACACCAAGCAGCAAGGAGAGCUACAUCGAUCCGGCAAUGUUCACCCUGAUCCGGGGCUGAGCGGGAGCAGCAUUCUGUAUGGUGACGAAGGCAUUCUCGAUUAUGCGCUGCGGCACGAUAUGCUGGACUCGACCUUUGACCGCGACUUGGAAGGAGUGCGCAUCGAAGAUGCGCGUUUUGAGGAUCACUUCGGUGGCAGCCCGGACGCAUCGAGCCACAAUUUCUCGAAUAACGCGAGCACGGCAUCUUCCUCUAUUCUACCGACAGUGUCAGGUUUGGGAUUAUCUUUCACGCAGCCAAAGACUGUCAUCUCCCCUCCUGCAAGCGAGGCUUCUACGUCUGCACUUCCAACGGUAUCAGGUCUCGGGGUUUUCUUCGCACAACCAGAGCCAGAGCCAAUUCCCUCACCGACAGUGUCUCCAGGACCCGCUUCCCUCGAGGCUUCGAUCGAGGACAGUAAACCAAAUACCCCGUCAACAUCUGAGAGCAUGUACAUGAGCGCCGUAAGUGCAGCGCCGGUUGUGUCCUCCCAACGACAUCUCCCAGGUGGCUGGGACUCUUCGUCUGCUUCAAGCCGUGGAACAUCGUCUGAUACUUCAGGAUCCGUGCCCGAAGAAAUGGUAUCGGGAAGUAUCCUGCAGCCACGUCCGGAAAUCGAAGAUGGUUACGAGACGCCAAGGCCAGGCAGCCGCCUGAGUACUGCUGCAGCAGCGCGGCGUACUGCCAUCGCACCUUCGUUGGUCAGUGAUAUGAAUACCACUCAGAAGCAGGCGAAGGUCUUCCUGACUGUUGACGAAAUUACCGUCUGGUUCCCAUUGGGACUCGACAAGGGAGACACGUUGGAUGCUGACUCAAGUGCUGAACCAGCCGCCGAUGCGUCGACUUUAGACUUCGCACCUUCAAGGCUCGGAGAAGAUUCCAUCUUCGCCGAAAUGCCAGGUUCAUUCUCAAAUUAUGCCCACUCUACAUCGUCUCGCCGCACGGGUUCCAUGGUCGAGUCGUUACGGAGACCCGCUCAGUCUAGACCUUCACCAAGUCAGCCAACCCAGAGGCCUGCCGAAGCCUCGCCAUCACCAAAUAUCAUCAUCGAUAUUGGCUCAGUGGUGGGUCAUGUGGACUUGUCCACCGGUCGCAUCAUGUUCAGCAUGCUCAACCGCGUACUCGGUGCUCUGGCAGACGGACCUCAGUCAGAGAAGUCAACUUCAUCGGCUGAACAUGUGCCUAGCGCCGCUUCGAGCACCCUCGAUCUAACAGUUCAAAACAUUGGUAUCGCAUGGCUCGACAUUGUUCUUACUGAAUCAAUGCAAGAUGGCCUUACGUCACCUCGCACGCUUGAGCUCAAGCCGAACGACGCUCUUCUAGGAAUACACCUCGCUGCGAUCCGCCUUACUAGUCAGAGCAGCGCCGAAAAGACGCGCGCGAAGUUACAGAUCAAAAGAAUUGCCAUCGCAUCUUUAGGCAUCGAUAUCGUUGCGUUCCAUACUUCGCGUCCUCGGUCCAGACGAUCCGUCAGCAAUCUAGCCGAGCAGCUCAGCCAUGACUUAGAACUCGAUUACGAACAAGGGACGGACAAGCGAGUUUCGAUUGUCACCAGACCAGUCAAGGUCAACUUUGACAUUCAGCAACUGGAUGACGCCCUAAGCUCUUUUGGCGGGUUCAGUGGUGUUCUCGAGCUCGGCAAUUCAAUCAGCUCGCACAGCGCCUUGAAUAGUCCGGUCUUGACUCCAGCAAAGCCCAAGCUACGAGGAGUGCAUUUCGGCGACUCGCCCCCAGCCGUUGAGACACCUGCUACCACCUCCAACAUGCCGAAGAUCCAGAUACAGUUGGGUGAGGUAGCAUUCCUCCUUAAGGGUCGUAGCUGCGCCUUACAGCUUCAGACAACGACCGUGCGUAUUGCAGUCCGGCAGAGUAAUGUUCGCUUGAAGGUGUCCGAGGUACAGCUGUCAGGACCUUACUUGGAUGCAUCGCAGAAGGGCGCGCCUCUGCUGGUCGAUGUCCAGGGAACGACCGUGAACUUUCUCUACACACCUGAAGAAGCAGAUCUCUCAAGAUUGAUAUCUUUGAUCACCCCUUCGAAGGACCCAUACGAGAAUAACGAGGACAUCUUGAUCGACACUUUUCUUCGACAACGACGCAAGGGCUCUGUUCUGAGGGUCGAAGUCAGUGGCGUAGGCGUACGGGUGUCCGAUCUGGAGGAGAUGCGCGCUUUCGAGACGCUUGGAGCAGAGCUCGCUCGCCUGUCAAAGGUCACAAAGUAUCUGCCAGAGGACGAUCGUCCAGGGCUACUUACUCUUGCUUCCGUGCGGCAGUUGAAUGUUGGACUUUUUAUCAACGACAGGCUUGGGGAUGUCUCGAUCACUGCGCAGAAUGCUUCGGUAGCGCAUGUCGGUUUCCCCGCAUUAUUUGCGAUGGAAGUUGGAACAGCUUCUUUGAAACGUGAGGAUGAAGUACUGAUUCAUGAAGUUGUCAAGCUCCGACCGCAGGACCAGCUACCCAUGAUUAUGAUCAGAAUGGUGGGUGAUGAGAUGGAGCCUGUUGUCAAGGCGAAACUAUUCAACCUUUGCACCGAGUAUAGGGUAUCGACCAUCAUGGCCGCACUCGGUAUCGGCGAGGACGGUACGGUCGAAGAUAUUGCUGUUGGCAUCGCAUCGAGCAUGGCCACCAUCACGAGGUCCAAAUCACCGCAGCGGAUCAAUCGGCAGUCAUCUGAUGCCAGCUCUCGCUCAGCAACAUUGUCAAAGCCGUUGCAGAUUGACCUACUACUCCGGACCUGCGCCAUCGGCUUGAAUCCUCGUAAUUUGCCGUCGAAGGGCUUGUUCGUCUUUACAGACGCUCAUCUGACCGGCAAGCAAGCCAAGAAAGACUACUUUGUUCAAUUGGAUCUCCGGAAAGCGUCUAUACACGCUAUUGACGAUGUCGCACGCCUAGAUGAGAAACGUGAGGAGGCGGUACCUCGCAGCAUAACGGCUGCAAAUCAUCACCUGCAAGAGCUGAGUCUUCAAGGUUUCGUGUCACUUAGUUCGAUUUCGGCCGCCAAGGUCCUCGUUAACAUUGCAGGCGAUGGUAGAGAUACACCCCAACUCGUCAAUGUCGAGUUCAAGAACGAGUUGAUCGUACUCGAGUCUUGUGCCGACUCAACGCAGACUCUCAUCGAAGUGCUGAACGGAUUGCAGCCCCCGACGCCUCCGUCUACUGCUGAACGCUAUCGGACGGUGGUCCCACUACAAGAGAUGAUGGAGUCUUUCACCGGCGACGCAAUGCCUGCGCAGGACGAAUUCGGAGAUGGCGAUUUCAUGGACAACGCCGAUCUUGUGGAAGAUGAAGUACCGACCAACCUUGAGUUUGUCGGAAGCAUCUACAGCCAAGACAUGCCGACUAAUGAGGACGUGGGCGACAGCAUGCUUGAUCAGGAUGAUCUUGGUGCUUUGGCGGCUUCUCCCGCUGUCAAGGAGCGUGGCGAGCGAGGUCUCCUCGAAAGCUUCCAGGAGCAGUACGAGGUGAAUCAGGGCGAAGAGAGCUUCGACUUCAGCACCGAUUACUUCCAAGAGUCUGACUCGGAAGGCAAGGGCAAAGCUCGCAAGUGGGAUUCCAAACAGAACCAGUAUCACCUCACGAAUGAGUUCAAGGCCCCAGACGCCCCUUUGAAGGUCACUGUACGCGAUGUCAAUUUCAUUUGGAACCUGUUCGAUGGAUACGAUUGGCCGAGAACCAGGGCUAUUAUCUCACAAGCUGUGGACGACGUUGAAGCUCGCGCCGAAGAGCGACGACGGAAACCCAGAGAUGAAGAUGAAGACGACGAUUUCAUUGAAGAGGACUUCUUGUUCAACUCGGUGUGGAUCGGCGUCCCCAUCAAAGAAGAGAAGGGCGCCCUCGCGCGCAAGAUCAAUCACGACAUCGACGACCUGGUCAGUGAGACGGGCAGCUACGCUACAUCGACUGCUACACGUUCGACCGGGGCGACUGCCCGCCCACGCAGCGCGACAAAGCCUGGUCGCCGCCGCUUGAAGCUCGAGCGUAGUAAGCACAAAAAGAUUGCCUUUUCGCUCAUGGGUGUCGCCGUUGAUUUGGUGGUAUAUCCACCUGAUUCUGGCGAGACGUUGAACUCGAUUGAUGUGCGCGUGCAAGAUUUUGAGAUCUUUGAUCACGUUCCUACCUCGACCUGGAAGAAGUUUAUCACCUGCAUUAUCCCUCCCACUCAACGAGAAUUAGAUCGACCGAUGAUCAACCUCAAUCUCCUGACCGUCAAACCUGUCACUGACUUGGCAGCUUCUGAGCUAGUCAUCAGGGUUGCCAUUCUUCCGCUGCGUCUGCAUGUCGAUCAAGAUGCUCUUGACUUCAUCACACGCUUCUUCGAAUUCAAGGAUGACUCCGUCGAGAAACCUGCCGCACCUUCUGAACAGCCCUUCAUCCAACGUCUCGAAGUUCAGGCCGUCCAGCUCAAGCUCGACUACAAACCAAAACGCGUAGACUACGGCGGCAUUCGCUCCGGCCACACAACGGAAUUUAUGAACUUCCUGAUUCUCGACGGCUCAGACAUCACCCUUCGCCACGCCAUUGUCUACGGCAUCACCUCCUUCGACAAGCUCCACAAAACCCUCAAUGAUGUCUGGGCGCCCGAUGUAAAACGCAACCAACUCCCUGGCGUCCUCUCCGGCCUCGCCGCCGUCCGGCCCCUCGUCAAUGUCGGCUCCGGCAUGCGCGACCUUGUCGUAGUUCCGAUGCGCGAGUACCAAAAAGACGGCCGCAUCGUGCGCAGUCUGCAAAAAGGCGUGUACGCAUUCGCCAAAAACACCACCUCCGAGGUCGCCCGCCUUGGCGCCAAAGUCGCCAUCGGCACGCAGACGCUCCUCGAAGGCGCUGAAGCGCUCCUCAAUCCCAACCAACCUGGCACCGGGCCUUCGCACCGCUCCCCUCGCUCCCAGCAUCUCGACUGGACGGGCUCCGACCCGCCGAGUCCUGACGAGGAACCGCGCGCUGUAUCGAAUUAUGCGAAUCAGCCGCUCGGUGUGCGCGCGGGUCUCAGGAGUGCGGCGCGCCAUCUGGAGCGCGACUUGCUCACUGCGCGCGAUGCGGUGAUCGCCAUUCCGGCCGAGGUCAUGGAGCAGGGGAGCGGAGUGGGCGUUGCGAGGGCGCUGGCAAGACAUGCGCCGACUGUCAUCCUCCGGCCGGCGGUGGGCGCGACGAAGGCGUUGAGUAACGCGUUGUUGGGCGUGGGCAACGCGCUGGAUGAGGGCAGCAGGAGGAAGAUUGAAGAU